CUGAGCAGAUAGGAAAUGUUCAACUAAACUGACAAAGGCGCGAUGUAUUGUAACAUUAGUGGUGCAAUUUAAACGAUUAGUUAUUAAAGCACAGGUGCUCUCUCUAACUUCUCGACCCAUCUGUAUCUGCGGUUGUGGACAAAGUGAACAGGAACGCACGCCGACUAACCAUCUACAAACAUGGCAAGUCAAACGGGUCGUGUUCCUGCAGGCCAUCCCUACUGGCCGCGCAGCCUCUCUCUCCCUAGCUACGUCGCUAAUGACCUCUCCAUGAAGGAGAUCCUGCUCUCCCUCUUCUCUGUGUCGGGGGUGAUACUGCUGAGCACCUGGGUCAUCAGCGGCCGGGGAGUCGGCACCUCCACCAAACUCAGUCACGGGAGGCGGUUGGCCGUCUGCUGGUUUGCCGUGUGCACCUUCAUCCAUGGGGUCAUCGAGGGCUGGUUUGCACUCUACUACCCAGAGAUCCUCGGCGACCAGAGCCUCUACUCUCAACUCUGGAAGGAGUACGGCAAAGGAGAUAGCCGAUACAUGAUAGCUGAUAACUUCACAGUCUGCAUGGAGACGGUAACAGCGCUCUUCUGGGGUCCCUUCAGCCUAUGGGCCGUGCUGGCCUUCCUCUACAACAAGCCGUACCGCUUUGUUCUCCAGCUCAUCAUCUCUGUGGGUCAGCUGUAUGGAGAUGUCCUGUACUUCUACACGGAGCACAGAGACGGCUACAUACACAGUGAAUUCGGACAUCCCAUCUACUUCUGGUUCUACUUUGUCUUCAUGAACGGCCUGUGGAUAGUCAUCCCGCUCAUCCUCAUUGUGGACGCGUGCAUUCAGAUCUCCACGGCUCAGGCCAUGUCCGACAAAGCAACAAAGAACAAGAAGGACUAAAGGAAACAGGAAGGAUCACCUGACCGCACACUGGUGGACUUGAUUUUGCUGCUUUUUUAUUACUUGGUGAACAAUGUGUUUCAAGAAACGCGUUAU